UGGCUCGAAUCCAGUAUCUCAGUACCUGGAGCGUUCCAGUGAUCGAGCUUGUACAUACUCGCGCUUUUUGCGCGCGCGCACGCGCGCGCGUGCGACUCAAUGGCGAAGAAAGUGAAGGUGGAGAGGGCCAAGAGCGGCAAGUCUUUGUGCAGGAGUUGCAAGAAAUUGAUCCGCACAGAUGAGCUUCGGGCGGGAAUCGAUUGCUGGAUGCGAGGGCGGACAGUAACCGCUUGGCUCCACAUGAAGUGCAUGUCCGACUGCUUGAAAUUCAACCGCUGCAAAGGGCGGGCCAAAUGCAAGCUCUCAGGGGACAUCAUGGAAAAGGGGGAAGCGCGACUGGAACUCGCGAAAGAGUGUACCGGCGCUUUCUUCAAGCUCAAUCAUUCUGCCGCAGCACUGGCAAACUUUCUCAGGAAGAAACAGAUGGACCCUAGGUCCAUCAAAGGGUACAGCAGUUUGUCCCCAGAUGAGAGGAAGCAUUUGUGGAGGCCUGACAAGUUUAUAGCGGCUCGCCGGCGACGGACCAAGAAGAAGGCCUGAGAAGCAUUUUCCUUGAGGUAAUUCACGUGGAAUACCGCUGAGCUGGCAGGCUUCAAGGGAGUUCCUGCGGAUCUGCGCCCAAACUUUUGUCCAUUUCGAUGCUGCCUUGCACAGCGGUAAGCAAUGUGGCCAGAGUACAUGUUGCCAUUUUUAGUGGGCGGUUCUGCUAAGGCCUAUAUAAACGUGCAUAAUCAUGCCAGUAGAGCCAGACUUUAACGGGUUUCGGUCGCCGCUCAACUGAACAGUUGGCCAUCCUUGGCGUGCGUUCCAUCAGGUAGGUUCGUUCUUCGCUGUGUCACGUGCACAAAUUCAAAGUUCUCUAGUGACCGCGCACCCGAGAGAUCUGUUUUUGGUGUUUGUGUG